GUAUCAUUUCCGGCUGCAGGUUGUUUGCUGACUUGGACUCUGCUCUUGACACCGACCAGAGCAACUGUCUGUUUCCAACCAUGGUGGCGAAAGGGAAAAAGUCUGGAAAAAAUCCUCCUGUGUUCAGCCAUGAAUUCAUAAUUCAGAAUCAUGCAGAUAUCGUAUCAUGUGUUGCGAUGGUGUUCGUCCUUGGACUUAUGUUCCAGGUGAGCAGUCCUCUUGCUACGGUUUUCAUCGCUUUGCACCAUAAUGUCUCCGUACCUGUUGAAAUACAACCCGGAGUUACUCAGGAUAUGAUCCACUACACCGCCGGGUUUAAGGAUAUCCCCGCCGUAUUCUUCUAUCUCCUGAUCGCCAUAGUGAUGCACGCCAUCAUCCAGGAGUACUUGCUGGAUAAAAUCAACAGGAAGCUCCACCUCUCGAAGAUCAAGCACGCUAAGUUUGAUGAAUCUGGACAGCUUCUCAGCUUCUAUCUCAUCUCUUUGUUCUGGGCUGGAGACAUCAUCUACAGGGAGAACAUGAUGAACAUCGCAUCCCUCUGGGACGGAUAUCCACACAACAGCAUGACCUUCAUGUUCAAGUUCUUCUUCAUCAUCCAGAUCUCCUACUGGCUCCACGUCUUCCCUGAGCUUUACUUCCAGAAAGUGAAGAAGGAGGAUAUGUCCGCAAAGAUCCAAUAUGCUUGUCUCUACCUAGCGUUCAUCGUACCAGCUUACAUGAUGAGGUUUACACGUGUUACCAUCGUUCUUCUCUUCAUCCACUAUCUGGUAGAAGCAGUGUUCCACGGAUGCAGGAUUCUAGCGUAUGCGGAGAAAACCUCCAUCGCUAAGACCAUCUUUAAGAUCGGAGAUCUGCUUUUCGUCCUGGGACGGUUUGCUAGUGUUAUCCUAGCUGUGUUGACCUACUGGUACGGACUAGCUAAGGCUCCCCUGGAGGAACAGGUUCUGGAUUUCCAGACAGGAAAUUUCAACACUGGACUCAUCAGGCUCAACUGUCUUGUUGCUGUCUGCGCCCUGCAGGCCUUCCUCAUGUACAAGUUCAUCAUUUUCCAGGCCCAGAGGUUGAGAGAAGCUAAGUCCACCGACGUCGCCGCUGCAGCCCUCGCCAAGGCCAAGAAGACACAACAGGAGAGAGCCAAGGCCAGAAAGGAGAAGAAGGGUGUGAAGGAGGACGAGGAUGACCUACCUGAGGUUGACCAGGCCACAAACAAAUCUCUCAGACAGAGAGUCAAGUAAAGAUUAAGUUUGGAUAUCAGAGCAUCAC